CCAUAGCCUACAGAUCACCGGCGCUGCUCAGCAGGAUGCCAGCGAAGCGCACCACAUCCACUUGGCGCUGUGAGGGGACACAGCAGGACGGCACCAUAGUUGGGUCCUGGUGAAAAAUGCAGAAGUCAAGAAACGCGUAGAGGAUAUUGAGAAUCGAAGAAUUUGUAUCCCGGCGCGAAUACGAUCGGCUGCAGGAUCUGAAUAGGACGAGAGGACAGGAGACCUCCCCAGACUUGCUGGAACUACGGAGUCAUUUUGCGCGACGAAUCUUCAUGCGCAGGUAACAGGCUCUCCAGGAUUUAUCAGCAAAGAAAGGACACAAAACAAAAAAGAAACAUUGGACUAUUACAAAAUUACAGCUCAAAUCAUGUGUGUCCUGGGUCGUCUUUAUCGACAUGGAAUGCACUGAGUGGUUUUAGCCGAUUUAGAUAUCUCUGGUUGGACCCAGACGGAGUAUUUCCUUGCAAAUUGUGUAACAGCUUUGUUGAUCACUUGCGCUUGUGUGGAGAGUAAACGCACAUUGUGGGUCAUCGUCUAGGUAGUGUCUCUGUCACAAGGGUUCACAUAGGCUUUUAUACGUCUUUUCGAAGAAAAUUAUGUGUAUCGUCUUUUGGAAGUCUUCUACAUGUUAAGUAUGACAAUUUGACUUCACGGGAUGAGAAGGAACCUUUUACGCGUCCAUCGCAUGAAAAUCCACCAUCAACUCUUUCCCAAGCUUUCUAAGUGGAGCAGGAAGGGUCCGUACUACGCGGCGUUUAUUCUCCUAUAAGUGAACUCUGCAACUUUGCAUGGUACCACUUCCAGACCACGAAAGCUGAUUUAAAGUGGAAUACAAGAAUAGAUGAUCAGCCGAGGACAGUGCCCGAAAUAACAGCUUCCAUCAUGUUCAAAAGGGGCUGUGGGCUGGAGUUCCUGCUGGUCCUUUGUGGUCUGGAGCUGUCCUGGUCGUGCCCGCGCCACUGCAUCUGCUACACGGGGCCCAGCACGGUCAGCUGCCAGUCGCACAACUUCCUGUCCGUGCCCGAGGGCAUCCCGCCGCACAGCGAGCGCCUCUUCCUGCAGAACAACAAGAUCCACCGGCUGCUGCGCGGCCACUUCAGCCCCACCACGGUCACGCUCUGGAUCUACUCCAACAACAUCACCUACAUCGAGCCCAGCACCUUUCACGGCUUCACCGUGCUGGAGGAGCUGGACCUGGGGGACAACCGACACCUGCGCUCGCUGGACUCGGAGACCUUCCGCGGCCUGAGUCGGCUCCACGCGCUGCACCUGUACCGCUGCGGCCUCAGUGUGCUGCCCACCGACAUCUUCAAGGGCCUGCGCAACCUGCAGUAUCUCUACCUGCAGGACAACCAUUUGGAGUUUCUGCAGGACGACAUCUUCGUGGACCUGCACAACUUGAGCCACCUGUUCCUGCACGGCAACCGGCUGUGGAGCCUGCACCAGAACACGUUCCGGGGCCUGGGGGCCCUUGACCGGCUGCUGCUCCACCACAACCGGCUCCAGUGGGUGGACCGGCAGGCCUUCCACGACCUGCGGCGCCUCACCACGCUCUAUCUGUUCAACAACUCGCUGGCGGAGCUGAGCGGCGAGUGCCUGACGCUGCUGCCGGCGCUCGAGUACCUGCGGCUCAAUGACAACCCGUGGGAGUGUGACUGCAAGGCGCUCUCCCUCUGGGACUGGCUCAAGAAGUUCCGCGGCUCCACGUCGGCGGUGGGAUGCGUGGCGCCGGCCGACGCGGCCGGCAAGGACCUCAAGCAGCUGCGCAAGGAGGACUUCCCCAACUGCUCGGGCUCGGAGUCGCUGCACCAGAGCAACACGUGGGGCAGCACGGACAAGGUGUCGCUGAAGAAGGAGCCGCUGCCGGCGCCGCCGCACGCCCCGCGGCCCCACCACCCGCACCGCGGCAGCGGACAGUUACCCUCACCACCCUCGCCUCUGCCCCACCCGCCCACCUCCAUCAACGGGGAGAACUCCGGCUCGGGGGGCAUCCCUGGAGAGGGGCCCCCGCACAGAUCCGGCGGUGGCCGCUCGCGGAACUGCACUCGCCAGCGCACCAAGGGCGGCAAGGGCCGGGGCCUGAACGACGUGCACACCCUCAAGGAGGUGGCCGAAAAGGAGUACUCCUCGCCCGACGGGGGCAAGGAUGACCCGACCACCCCGGAGGGCUCCACCCCGCGACGGAAGCACAAGUGCACCCCCCGGACCUCUAUGCGGCCCCCUAGCGGGGUGCAGCUGCCAACCGACUGGGCGGCUCCACGGUGGCCUGGGCCACUUCUCUGCAGCUUGCUGGCUGUGCUAGCGGCGCUAUCCACGGAACUGAUCCUGCGCUGACGCCGCACAGCAUCAUGGCCAUAACAAUGACAAAGCAAAUCCUCCGACCCACUCAAGCUCCACCACUGGAAGGCCCGUGUGUCCAUAUGUGUGUGUGUGUGUGUGUAUGAGUGAGAGAGAGAGAGAGAGAGAAAAGAGCCUGGUUGUGCUUGUAUGUAUGUGUGUGUGUGGUGUGUGUGUGUGUGUGUGUGUGUGUGUGUGUGUGUGUGUGUGUGUGUGUGUGUGUGUGUGUGUGUGUGUGUGUGUGUACUCUGUAUGUGUAACUAUACCAUUGUGUAAGGAGCUUUUGCUGUUUUUAGACUCUCAACUAGACCAGAACAUCCAAUGUGAGAACCACUCACAGUAUUAUGUGAGAAUGUGGGAGUCUAGAUGAUGAAGAGGCAGAGGUUCGGGAGAGGCAGAACACAGAUCAUGCUCGCACUGCCACUGUCGCCAUUGCAGUUGAUUUUCUCAUUUUGUGUUGUCUGGUUUUAUUCUUGUACUGUUCAUGAUAGUUGUGCAUCAUUAACUGUAAGAGAAGUAUGCAGACUGAGACAAUGAUGAUCCUAGGGUCAGACCGAAGUUGACCAGAACGGGACAGUGUUGUCCAAUAAAACAGUUUAUUUUGUUUUCUUUUUCACUUUUUCAGGUGUGCGAAUAGCAGGAAAAUGCAAAAUGACAAUUUUGCAUAUACAAAGUCGGUCUAUUGUCAAAUGCAACAUUUAUUGCCAAAUGUGUUUCUUAGUCUGUUGCCAACAUAAGUUCUGCUGACAUGAGUAGAAAGUAAUAGAAAAACAUUACUUAUCAGCCAAGGAAUGCACAUUCCGCUUUCACAGUACAUUGUCCAAAUUUGUCCUUGCUAUAUAACUCAUUGCAGAUAAAUAUACAGUCCAUAUGACAACCAUUCAAGCACAUUAUUAUUUCUUAUCGGUGUCGCGUUUAUUUCUGCAUUUUAUUUCUGCUUUUUUCCUUGUCUUCUCCAGAAAUUGUUUCAGGUCUCUCCCUUUUUCUUUGAUUGUAUUUCUUUGCUAUUGCACAUUACAAAGGUAAUUAUCUUCUAGCUGCUAUAUUCUUUGAAAAGAAAAUGAAAAAAAAAAAACAUGUCCCCAAAAGAAAGAAAAUAAAAACUACAGUAUGAGUGCAUUUAGAAAUGUACCAGCCUCUUGUCCUCCCAUGUCGUUUUCUUUGAUUUUAUGACAGCUCUUUGAGACUCAGAGGAUGGGCCCAGGCGGGAAACAGUAGGAGAGAAUGCUGGGGUGGCCCUGACUGGAGCAAAGGUGAAAAUUGAGGAUGAACUCAAUCUGCUAACGGCCCUUAUUCUGCCUGGACAUGGCUGUCCCUUUCCAUUCAGAGUGUCAAAGGCCUAACGCGGGCCUAGAUUAAAAGAUGGAGAGAGGGGAGGGGGAAAAAGUACCUUACAACAAAGACUCUCCGUGCUGAGGUGCACUUUCCAUUUCAGCGCGACCAAACAAGGACCUUUUGGGAACCAAUGAACUGUUUCAAUGACUUUGCUGUUCUUUUUUUGUGGACCAGUGGCCACAGGAGGCCUCUCGUACAGACAAUCGGUUCUGGAACAUUCUUAUCAAAGUGGCUGAACAGGCGAGGAGUUGGGAUUUUCCUGAGGAGAAACAAAAACAUGCACUGCUGAUCUGGAUGUGCCUCCAUACCGAGUUGGUCUUUGUACAAACAAAAACAAAAAUUAAAAGAGACUUGGACUCUUAUUAUUAUAAGCUACAAAAGGAGUGGCAGGUCAGAUAUUAACCAUUAUUUACUAUGAGAAUAACAAUAUUAAAAAUGACAUUACUGAUUACAGGGUUGCUGACUCCUCGAGAGGAGUGCUUAUCUUUGGAUUCAUAUUCUGUUUGAUUUAUAUAUAUUUUUGGGGGUUAUUUUGUUACAUCCUUCUGCACAUUUUCAGAUAAACUGCACAAUUCGAUCUCCUCUUCCCCCUUCCUCCCCCCUCUCUCUCUCUCUUGUCUCUCCAUCCCUGUGAUUUGAUGGUUUAACAAGUUGUCUCAGAAAAAAAGAGUGACGAAAUGUUUAUAAAGAUAUUAAAAAUCUAUAUC